AUGGCGGCUCUUUUGCCCGAGCCCAUCUUCAACUAUGUUCUAACUGUUGAAGAGUAUGUUUUUGCUCUUUCUGAGCGAAAUAUGCCGGAAAAUUGUGAAAGAGCCCGGAAAAAAGCGCGAAACUACGCAAAUGAUUUCUUUGAGGUCAACAAACCGGAAUCCUAUUGGGACCGCGCCAGCUUGCUAAUGGAGACCUUCAUGACCAAUGACGUCAUCGUAGUGAAUGUAGCAGAAAACUACAAACUGCUCACAGUUCAGCUGAUGAUUGGGUACAUGUGGGUGCAUGAAAAGUGUCCAGGGGCUAAAUAUGUCCUGAAGGUGGACGAUGACACCUACGCCUAUCUAGGCACAGUGGAACACAUCAUCAGACGGACUGAGGAGCGAAACACAGUAAAAGCAUCGUCAGUUUAUGGAGGAAGAUGCGCAGCAGAUACAAAGGUUCUCCGACCAACACUGUUGCGGUCACACAGACGCUAUCGCAAAUGGAUGGUGCCUACUAGCAAAUACUCCGAACCAGUUUACCCGAUGUACUGCAACGGACCCGCCUAUUUCUUCUCAGCCAACCUUCUACCUCAAAUUGUAUCCAAAUGCCCCUUUCACUGCAUUGGACUUAUGCAGGGAAACCUGAGAAAAAAGACUUCGGCAUGUUUUUGGACUCUUGAAGAUGUAUUUUUCGGAUCAUGCAUCGCUACGUUUAGCAAUAAACCUUUCACUGAUUUUGACCUUGACAUGUACAAUUUUUCCUUACUCGGGGGCGUGCCCAGUGUUGAAUCUUUGAACAUCAACGACCCUCCUUUUGCUAUACACCCAGUGAAAAGUGCACGCGUUCUGGAGAAGCUGCAUCGAUUUUACCAUGGAGUUGAAAUUGAGAGUUUGAACAGCAAGAGAAGUAUAGAGAUAUCAGAUUCAACCUAA